AUGGAACCGUCGUGUCUGAUCCCGUUUCCGACGCCAGCCAGUCCAGCACCGCCGUGGAAGUGUCUGAGCCCGUUGUCGAGGCCAGCGAGUCCAGCACCGCCGUGGAAGGUGGAGAUUCGAAUCAGUCCUUCUUCUUCUACAACGACAACCACCACAACUUCCAAUGAUGGAACCGUCGUGUCUGAUCCCGUUUCCGACGCCAGCCAGUCCAGCACCGCCGUGGAAGGUGGAGAUUCGAAUCAGUCCUCUUCUUCUACAACGACAACCACCACAACUUCCAAUGAUGGAACCGUCGUGUCUGAUCCCGUUUCCGACGCCAGCCAGUCCAGCACCGCCGUGGAAGGUGGAGAUUCGAAUCAGUCCUCUUCUUCUACAACGACAACCACCACAACUUCCAAUGAUGGAACCGUAGUGUCUGAUCCCGUUUCCGAUGCCAGCCAGUCCAGCACCGCCGUGGAAGAUGGAGAUUCGAAUCAGUCCUCUUCUUCUACAACGACAACAACCACCACAACUUCCAAUGAUGGAACCGUAGUGUCUGAUCCCGUUUCCGAUGCCAACCAGUCCAGCACCGCCGUGGAAGGUGGAGAUUCGAAUCAGUCCUCUUCUUCUACAACGACAACCACCACAACUUCUAAUGAUGGAACCGUAGAGUCUGAUCCCGUUUCCGAUGCCAACCAGUCCAGCACCGCCGUGGAAGGUGGAGAUUCGAAUCAGUCCUCUUCUUCUACAACGACAACCACCACAACUUCCAAUGAUGAAACCGUCGUGUCUGAUCCCGUUUCCGAUGCCAGCCAGUCCAGCACCGCCGUGGAAGGUGGAGAUUCGAAUCAGUCCUCUUCUUCUACAACGACAAUCACCACAACUUCCAAUGAUGGAACCGUCAUGUCUGAGCCCGUUGUCGAGGCCAGCGAGUCCAGCACCGCCGUGGAAGAUGGAGAUUCGAAUCAGUCCUCUUCUUCUACAACGACAACCACCACAACUUCCAAUGAUGGAACCGUAGUGUCUGAGCCCGUUGUCGAGGCCAGCGAGUCCAGCACCGCCGUGGAAGGUGGAGAUUCGAAUCAGUCCUCUUCUUCUACAACGACAACCACCACAACUUCCAAUGAUGGAACAGUCGUGUCCGAGCCCGUUGUCGAUGCCAGCCAGUCCAGCACCGCCGUGGAAGGUGGAGAUUCGAAUCAGUCCUCUUCUUCUACAACGACAACCACCACAACUUCCAAUGAUGGAACAGUCGUGUCCGAGCCCGUUGUCGAUGCCAGCCAGUCCAGCACCGCCGUGGAAGGUGGAGAUUCGAAUCAGUCCUCUUCUUCUACAACGACAACCACCACAACUUCCAAUGAUGGAACCGUAGUGUCUGAGCCCGUUGUCGAUGCCAGCCAGUCCAGCACCGCCGUGGAAGGUGGAGAUUCGAAUCAGUCCUCUUCUUCUACAACGACAACUACCACAACUUCCAAUGAUGGAACAGUCGUGUCUGAGCCCGUUGUCGAUGCAAGCCAGUCCAGCACCGCCGUGGAAGGUGGAGAUUCGAAUCAGUCCUCUUCUUCUACAACGACAACCACCACAACUUCCAAUGAUGGAACCGUAGUGUCUGAGCCCGUUGUCGAUGCCAGCCAGUCCAGCACCGCCGUGGAAGGUGGAGAUUCGAAUCAGUCCUCUUCUUCUACAACGACAACCACCACAACUUCCAAUGAUGGAACAGUCGUGUCUGAGCCCGUUGUCGAUGCCAGCCAGUCCAGCACCGCCGUGGAAGGUGGAGAUUCGAAUCAGUCCUCUUCUUCUACAACGACAACCACCACAACUUCCAAUGAUGGAACCGUAGUGUCUGAUCCCGUUUCCGCUGCCAGCCAGUCCAGCACCGCCGUGGAAGGUGGAGAUUCGAAUCAGUCCUCUUCUUCUACAACGACAACCACCACAACUUCCAAUGAUGGAACCGUAGUGUCUGAGCCCGUUGUCGAGGCCAGCGAGUCCAGCACCGCCGUGGAAGGUGGAGAUUCGAAUCAGUCCUCUUCUUCUACAACGACAACCACCACAACUUCCAAUGAUGGAACCGUCGUGUCUGAGCCCGUUGUCGAGGCCAGCGAGUCCAGCACCGCCGUGGAAGAUGGAGAUUCGAAUCAGUCCUCUUCUUCUACAACGACAACCACCACAACUUCCAAUGAUGGAACCGUAGUGUCUGAGCCCGUUGUCGAUGCCAGCCAGUCCAGCACCGCCGUGGAAGGUGGAGAUUCGAAUCAGUCCUCUUCUUCUACAACGACAACCACCACAACUUCCAAUGAUGGAACCGUAGUGUCUGAUCCCGUUUCCGCUGCCAGCCAGUCCAGCACCGCCGUGGAAGGUGGAGAUUCGAAUCAGUCCUCUUCUUCUACAACGACAACCACCACAACUUCCAAUGAUGGAACAGUCGUGUCUGAGCCCGUUGUCGAUGCCAGCCAGUCCAGCACCGCCGUGGAAGGUGGAGAUUCGAAUCAGUCCUCUUCUUCUACAACGACAACCACCUCAACUUCCAAUGAUGGAACCGUCGUGUCUGAUCCCGUUUCCGCUGCCAGCCAGUCCAGCACCGCCGUGGAAGGUGGAGAUUCGAAUCAGUCCUCUUCUUCUACAACGACAACCACCACAACUUCCAAUGAUGGAACCGUCGUGUCUGAGCCCGUUGUCGAUGCCAGCCAGUCCAGCACCGCCGUGGAAGGUGGAGAUUCGAAUCAGUCCUCUUCUUCUACAACGACAACCACCACAACUUCCAAUGAUGGAACCGUAGUGUCUGAGCCCGUUGUCGAGGCCAGCGACUCCAGCGAGUCCAGCACCGCCGUGGAAGGUGGAGAUUCGAAUCAGUCCUCUUCUUCUACAACGACAACCACCUCAACUUCCAAUGAUGGAACCGUCGUGUCUGAGCCCGUUGUCGAUGCCAGCCAGUCCAGCACCGCCGUGGAAGGUGGAGAUUCGAAUCAGUCCUCUUCUUCUACAACAACAACCACCACAAGUUCCAAUGAUGGAACCGUAGUGUCUGAUCCCGUUUCCGCUGCCAGCCAGUCCAGCACCGCCGUGGAAGGUGGAGAUUCGAAUCAGUCCUCUUCUUCUACAACGACAACCACCACAACUUCCAAUGAUGGAACCGUAGUGUCUGAGCCCGUUGUCGAUGCCAGCCAGUCCAGCACCGCCGUGGAAGGUGGAGAUUCGAAUCAGUCCUCUUCUUCUACAACGACAACCACCACAACUUCCAAUGAUGGAACAGUCGUGUCUGAGCCCGUUGUCGAUGCCAGCCAGUCCAGCACCGCCGUGGAAGGUGGAGAUUCGAAUCAGUCCUCUUCUUCUACAACGACAACCACCACAACUUCCAAUGAUGGAACCGUAGUGUCUGAGCCCGUUGUCGAGGCCAGCGACUCCAGCGAGUCCAGCACCGCCGUGGAAGGUGGAGAUUCGAAUCAGUCCUCUUCUUCUACAACGACAACCACCUCAACUUCCAAUGAUGGAACCGUCGUGUCUGAGCCCGUUGUCGAUGCCAGCCAGUCCAGCACCGCCGUGGAAGGUGGAGAUUCGAAUCAGUCCUCUUCUUCUACAACAACAACCACCACAAGUUCCAAUGAUGGAACCGUCGUGUCUGAUCCCGUUUCCGACGCCAGCCAGUCCAGCACCGCCGUGGAAGGUGGAGAUUCGAAUCAGUCCUCUUCUUCUACAACGACAACAACCACCACAACUUCCAAUGAUGGAACAGUCGUGUCUGAGCCCGUUGUCGAUGCCAGCCAGUCCAGCACCGCCGUGGAAGGUGGAGAUUCGAAUCAGUCCUCUUCUUCUACAACGACAACAACCACCACAACUUCCAAUGAUGGAACAGUCGUGUCUGAGCCCGUUGUCGAUGCCAGCCAGUCCAGCACCGCCGUGGAAGGUGGAGAUUCGAAUCAGUCCUCUUCUUCUACAACGACAACCACCACAACUUCCAAUGAUGGAACCGUAGUGUCUGAUCCCGUUUCCGCUGCCAGCCAGUCCAGCACCGCCGUGGAAGGUGGAGAUUCGAAUCAGUCCUCUUCUUCUACAACGACAACCACCACAACUUCCAAUGAUGGAACCGUAGUGUCUGAGCCCGUUGUCGAUGCCAGCCAGUCCAGCACCGCCGUGGAAGGUGGAGAUUCGAAUCAGUCCUCUUCUUCUACAACGACAACCACCACAACUUCCAAUGAUGGAACAGUCGUGUCUGAGCCCGUUGUCGAUGCCAGCCAGUCCAGCACCGCCGUGGAAGGUGGAGAUUCGAAUCAGUCCUCUUCUUCUACAACGACAACCACCACAACUUCCAAUGAUGGAACCGUAGUGUCUGAGCCCGUUGUCGAGGCCAGCGACUCCAGCGAGUCCAGCACCGCCGUGGAAGGUGGAGAUUCGAAUCAGUCCUCUUCUUCUACAACGACAACCACCUCAACUUCCAAUGAUGGAACCGUCGUGUCUGAGCCCGUUGUCGAUGCCAGCCAGUCCAGCACCGCCGUGGAAGGUGGAGAUUCGAAUCAGUCCUCUUCUUCUACAACAACAACCACCACAACUUGCAAUGAUGGAACCGUCGUGUCUGAUCCCGUUUCCGACGCCAGCCAGUCCAGCACCGCCGUGGAAGGUGGAGAUUCGAAUCAGUCAUCUUCUUCUACAACGACAACAACCACCACAACUUCCAAUGAUGGAACCGUCGUGUCUGAUCCCGUUGUCGAUGCCAGCCAGUCCAGCACCGCCGUGGAAGGUGGAGAUUCGAAUCAGUCCUCUUCUUCUACAACGACAACCACCACAACUUCCAAUGAUGGAAAGGAUAAGUCAAGCUCCUCGUCUGACCCUGUUGUCAAUAGUAACAAAAGUAAGAGCGGUGGUAGCUCAAGUCAGUCCUCUUCCACCACGACAACAGUCACAACAGAUUCCAAUGGACAUACUCAGACAAGCUCAUCGAAGCCAGUUGUCAGUGUCAGCAAAUCAAGCUCCACUAAGACUAACGGUGGUUCGAUUAAGUCUUCUUCAACAAAAACAACCAUCACAACAACAUCAAAGGCAAACCUGUUGUAAUUGCCAGUCAGAGUGGCAAUGUUGUGAAUGGUGGAAAAUCAAGCUCGACUUCUAGCAAAACUACAAAGACGUAUACUUCAAGCUCUUCGAAGAUCCCUAAGAAGAACCGAAAGUCAAGCUCAACCACAAGCAAAACUACAAAGACCUAUUCUUCAAGCUCGUCAGGUGUUCCUAAGACACUUGAAGAGUCAUCAUCAAGCGAAAGUGCAUCCACAUCUUCGUCGGCUGUGCCAAAGUCGAAUGGAAAGUCAGGCUCCACCUCAAGCAAAACUACAACCACCUAUACAUCUAGUUCUGUGAAAGUACCUAAGACUAGAAGAUCAUACUCUUGGUCAAGUUCAUCAAAGAAAAUAUCCAAUGGUGGUAAGCCUUAUGAGGUUCCGAUUUCAGGCUCAACCACUGGCAACUCCGGUUCAGGCUCUAGAAAAGCUUGGUCCAAGCGCUCCACCACUCAAAUCACUAACCAACCAUCGAUUGAUGCGUCUUCCAUAGAUGGCGGAUCCAGCUCGUGGUCUAAGCUGAUCAAAAAGGCGACGCCAGGCUCAUUGCCAGAAGAUGAAACCUAUGGCAGCGGCAUUGGAUCUCGCGGCUUACAAUCUUGGUCUCAGCGGUCAGGCUUCUCUGGUGAUAGCUCUGAUCAAACAGGCUCUGCAGGCUUUCGUGCCAGAUUUGGUAGGGCCAGCAGAGGACUCAGUGAGCUGUCCCAAUCAGGCGCUCAAGGCUCGCGAACAUGGACUAAAAGAUACGCAGAUACAAAUGAGAACGACACCGAAAACGACGAUAAUUCUGUGGCAUCCGAAGCUAAUUCCGACGACUCGACGAAUGUGCAAGAAUCGAGCUCAGGCGAUGAAACUACAGAUGAAACUAGCGCACAGCAGGGCUCCGGACAAUACCCCGGACAAUACUGGUGGGGAAACGGACGUUGGGCUAGAGCCCAACCUAGUUGGAGGUACGGCUGGCGUCCCUAUGGAAGCGGUUGGGGUGGAUGGAACAAUCGUUAUCAAAAGUAGUGGACCGCAUAAAUGGGACUAGAUCUUAUGCCCGGUACGGCUAUAAACUUUCAGCUAAAUGACUGAUUUUAACGAUUGUAAAAAAUAUACAUAUGCAUUUGAAUAUUAA